AUGGGAGUAAUAAUGUCUUGUAUUGGUAAGUCAAGCAAGAAUAUGUGCUUGGAUGACAAGAUUGAGAGGAAAAUAGCUGAAAUGAGAAGAUAUAAAUUUGGACAAAGCAAACUGAAAUCAGUUGAUAGUAUAGUUAUGCUGUUCCCUAUGUUCAAGGAGAGACUGAAAACAUUAAGAGGAAUGUUUGAACAGUACGAUGAGGAUUCUAACGGAUCUAUAGAACCCAACGAACUAAAGAAGUUCUUAGAACAUCUAGAACUUCAUCUAAAAGAGCAGGAGAUUGAGAAUCUUUUUCAGUACUGUGAUCUUGAUGACAGCAAGGGCAUACAGUUCAAUGAGUUUAUAGUUCUUCUAUGCCUCAUCCAUCUACUAGAAGAACCUUCAUCCUCUAAUUAUUCAUCUAAAGCAGGGUUAGAACAGGUUGGAGAAAUUUUUAAUACCAUAGUUGAGGCCUUUGUGUUUUUUGAUAAAAAUGGUGAUGGGAAGCUUAACCAAAAGGACAUGGUCAGGACACUGAAUGAGACCAGUCCUCGUGAAAGAUCCCCAGCGCGCAUCUCUAAACACCGAUUUCAAGAAAUGGACUGGGACAAGAAUGGUCAGGUCACGUUCAGGGAAUUCCUAUUUGGUUUCAUUAAUUGGGUUGGGAUUGAUGCUGAUGAAUAG